UCUGUUCAGCCCGAGGACGGAGGUUUGGUUCUGCAGAGGUUCCCUCCACGUUGCAGCGUCUGACGGUGUAAUCUGAGGUCCGGUUCGUCCCGCUCUGUCCCGCUCUGCCCUUCACUCCCUCAGUAAUCCUGUUAGCAGAGCUCCUCAGUAAUCCUCCCAGAUCCCUGCAAGGCUCCACGGCUUCUUCACCGCAGCUCUGUGGGAUGCUGCUGGACCUGACUGAACACUGAGGAUGUUGAGCUGGGUGGUCAAAGUUGUUCCUCAGCCUCCAGAACCUCCACCCAAAAAGGCUGAAGAUCAGAAGGAAGUGAAACCAGAGGCUCCUCCCAUAGCCCCGCCUCCUGUUGAGAAGAAAGUGAAGUUUCAAGACGAGUGUAAACCUGAAGCUCCUAAAGCCGACAACCUGAAGCCGGAGGUCCAGGCAGCGCCGGAGAACGGCCCGCUGCCUGGUUCUCAGGCCGGUGUCCUGACGUGGAUCAGCAGUGCGUUGCCUCAACCUGCCCUCUCACCAAAACUGAGCCGAGCUAGCUCCACGGCCUCGGAGGAAGCUGCACCUGCCAGUAAACCUGAAGAUGAGAAGGGGAUGAUCACCUGGAUCUCUCAGGGUUUGGAGAAAGUCGUUCCUCAGCCGGACCUGAAGGCCAAAGAGAUGCCUGCAGCCGAGCAGCCGGCUGAGGUAAAGGUGUGUCAGAAGGCAGCAGCUCCAGUUCCAGCUGCAGAGCCUCAGAUCAUCGUGGUGGAGGUGGAGUCGGACCAGGAGGACAGCAGACCUGUUCAGCCCAGUAUGAUGGAGUGGAUCAAACAUGGAAUAGAGAAGGUCGUUCCUCAGCCAGAGAUCCACGUUCGCUCAAAGACAGAUGGAAACCAGAAAACCGAGGCUCCAGCUGCAGCUAAAGCUGAAGCUCCAGCAGCUCCUGCAGCCUCCAAACCAAACUCAGAAACAGAGAAGUCAACCAAAGAAGCAGAGCAGCCACCCAAUAUGAUGGGAUGGAUCAUCAGUGGGAUCGGUCGCAUGUUGCCUCAACCUGUACAGAAGCCGGAAACAGGAAAUGACGACGUACCGACGAUCAGCGUCGCCCAGAAGAAGAGCGACCUGGUUCUGGAGGACGUGGAGGACGAGGAGGCCAAGAAGCAGACCAAAGAGAAGAAGGAGUUGCAGAAAGAAGAUGCAGAAACACAGAUGGAUGAGUUAACUCCACUGAUGGAAAGCAUCAAGAAGGAGGCUGGAGAGGCAGUUCUGGCUCAUAUGGAGGAACGACUUCAACAGGAGCGACUGGAGGCGGCUCGUGUGGCCGAAGAAAUGGCCAGGAAAGCUGCAGAGGAGGCGGUCCGACAGCUGGAGGUGGAACAUUCGGCCAAGAUCAUCAUCGAAACGCUGCCAGAGUCCAACGAACAACUCCCCAAUAUCCAGGAGGAGGAGAACGAAGACGAUCCAGAGUUACAAAACCUGCAGGAGGACAGCGAAGACAAUAUGGGUCCUGAGGAAAAUAAAGUAACAGAGGAAAAUAAGAAAAGCACUGUUGAGGAGGAGAAAAUACCUGAUCAGACAGAUCUCAGAAGGUGCCUGCUAGACGUCUGUCCGGCUGAAGUGGAGGAACAGCAGGAGGAACCAACCAAAGCUCCGUCUCCACCUGCUGAGGACGUCACUCCUUCUUCCACCGAUGUUGAACCAGCGUCAGAGAGACGAGACCUGGACAGUCCGACCUCCCAACCAAUCACCCAACAACCAGAGGCACAACCUGCAGAAGCUCCGCCCACCACGGACCAGAGUUCUGCAGCAGAAGAAGCAGGAAGUGGAGAAACUCACAGGAAAGGUUCGGCUCUGAAGGUGGAAGAUGCUGGAAAAGGCCUGAACAUCCCCCAGAUCAUCACAACUCCAGAACCAGAAGGUCCGAGUCUGAUGGUUCCUGAGAUCAGUCCUGGAGGAGAUCUGUCUGCAGAUGAGGACGAUGAAGAGCUGAUGAAGGUCGGUCUGAAGACCUGGUCCAGUCAAGGAGACCUUCUGACUGCAGACGAUGAGGGGCGUCCUCUAUCGGCGGCCAGCGUGGGCAGCGUGGUGAUCCAGGACCGCCUCAACGAUCUGGUGAAGCUGUUUAAAGGUCGGACGGAGCGUCAGAAGGACCGGCUGGUCGACCCGGAUGAGUCGGAGGAGGAGAGUCCGUCCGCCUCGCCGUCCAAAGCCCCGCCUCCCCCUCCUCCCCCACCUCCCCCAGGUGAGGAGAAGAAGGACGAGGCACCGCCAGCAGAGAAAGAAGAAGAAGAAGAAGAACCGGUGUUCCAGUUCGAGCUCCUCGGACAUCCGGUGAAGUUCUACGCUCCGACCAACCUGCCCCCGCUGCGCAGCUGGCUCCGGUCCAUCCUGGAGUACCGCUUCCCCUCCAGCAUUGACCCGUUCACCGAUCUGAUCUACGUUCUCUGGCUGUUCCUGGUGGUGGCUGCCUGGAACUGGAACGUCUGGCUGAUCCCGGUGCGCUGGGCAUUCCCCUACCAGACACCUGAGAACAUCCACCUGUGGCUGCUGGCCGACUACACCUGCGACCUGAUCUACGUCCUGGACAUCCUGGUGUUCCAGCCCCGCCUGCAGUUCGUCCGAGGAGGAGACAUCGUGUGUGAUAAAAAAGACAUGAGAGAGAAUUAUAUGAGCACCGAGAGGUUCAAGAUGGAUGUCAUCAGCCUGUUUCCCAUGGAGAUCUUCUAUUAUUUCACCGGAGUGAAUUCUCUGCUCCGGUUUCCUCGUCUGCUGAAGUACUCGGCUUUCUUUGAGUUCAACGACAGGAUAGAGGCUGUGAUGAAGAAGGCCUACAUCUACAGGGUGAUCCGGACCUCCACCUACCUGCUGUAUUCUCUUCACAUCAACGCCUGUUUGUUCUACUGGGGCUCCGACUACGAAGGACUCGGAUCCACCAAGUGGGUCUACAAUGGAAAAGGAUUCGCCUACAUCCGCUGCUACUACUUUGCCGUGAAGACAUUGAUCACCAUCGGAGGUCUUCCGGAUCCCACCACCGUCUUUGAGAUCUGCUUCCAGCUCAUCAACUACUUUGUUGGUGUCUUCGCGUUCUCCAUCAUGAUUGGUCAGAUGAGGGACGUGGUCGGAGCAGCGACGGCCGGAGAGAACUACUACCGGGCCUGUAUGGACUCCACUGUCAAGUACAUGAACUCCUACAAAAUCCCCAAAGAGGUCCAGAACCGCAUCAAGACCUGGUAUGACUACACCUGGAAGAGCCAAGGCAUGCUGGAUGAACAGGAGCUCCUGGUGCAGCUUCCUGCUAAGAUGAGGUUGGACAUCGCUGUGGACGUCAACUACGCCAUCGUCAGUAAAGUCGCCUUGUUCCAGGGCUGCGACCGACAGAUGGUGUUCGACAUGCUGACCAGGCUGAAGUCCGUCGUCUACCUGCCCGGAGACUUCGUCUGUAAGAAGGGGGAAAUCGGCAGGGAGAUGUACAUCAUCAAACAGGGGGAGGUCCAGGUGGUUGGAGGUCCAGACCUGCAGACGGUGUUCGUCACUAUCAGAGCCGGAUCAGUGUUUGGAGAGAUCAGUCUGCUGGCGGGCGGUGGAGGAAACCGACGUACCGCCAACGUGAAGGCACACGGAUUCGCCAACCUGUUCAUCCUGGACAAGAAGGACCUGGCAGAGAUCCUGGUCCACUACCCCGAGUCCCAGAAACUCCUCCGCAAGAAGGCCAAGACGAUGCUGACGAAGGACAAGAAGCCGGAUGAGAAGGAGGGUAAAGAGGCCGUGGAGGUCAUCCCACCCCGACCCGACACCCCCAAACUGUUCAAGGCAGCGCUGAAGGUGACGGAGCAGGCUGGCAUCGAGGGAACCUUCUCCAAGCUGAAGAAAGCCUACAAGUCAACCGACAGCCCAACAGAGGCGUCGCCCUCCAUGGCUCCGGUCCCACCUCCGUCUCCGAUGCACCGCCGCUCUCCGGUCCCUCUGAGUCCAGCGCCAGCUGACGGAGACGACACGGUGGCGGAGACGGCCGACAGCUCGUUGGUCAUCAGGAUGAAGCCACGACAGGAAGGGGAGGAGCUUCUGACCGUGGAGGUGGCGGAGGAGGAGAAGAAGGAAUGACCCGACGAGAGGCCGCCGUCCUCCACCCGCCUCGUCUUCUCCUGACUCCCAGCAUGCCUUUCACCACCGACCAGGAGAGGACGAGGUUCAGCUGGAGGACCUGCUGCUGCUUCUGGGGUGGAUUCCAUCAGUUUGGCUUCCUCCAUCUUCUAACCUCUCUCCUUAAGGACUAAAGUUACAGAAGGAAGGAAGGAAGGAAAAGAGAAAGGAAGGAAGGAAGGAAGGACAGAACAGAACAGAGGAACAAAGGAAGGAAGGAAGGAAGGAAGGAAUGGAGGCAAGAAAGAAGGUGUGAGGGAUGGAAGAAAGGAAGGAAGGAAAUGAGGAAGGAAAGAAGGAAACAAGGAAAGGAAGGAAGGAAAUGAGGAAGGAAGGAAGGAAGGAAAGGACAGAAGAAGGAAGGAAGGCGGGAUGGAAGGAAGGAAAAAGGAAGUGAGGAAGGAAGGAAAGAAGCAAGGAAGGAAGGAACGGCGUAAGGAAGGAAGGAAGGAAGGAAGGAAAGAAGGGAGGGAGGCAAGAAAGAAGGUAUGAGGGAUGGAAGAAAGGAAGGAAAUGAGGAAGGAAGGAAACAAGGAAAGGAUGGAAGGAAAUGAGGAAGGAAGAAAGGAAGGAAACGAAGAAAGGAAGGAAGGAAUUGAGGAAGGAAGGCAGGCAGGAAGGAAGGAAGGAAAGGACAGAGGAAGUAAGGAAGGAGGGAUGGAAUGAAGGAAGGAAGGAAGGAAAAGAGGAAGUGAGGAAGGAAGGAAAGAAGCGAGGAAGGAAGGAAGGACGUGAGGAAGGAAGGAAGGAAGGAAAGAAAAAAAUAAGGACAAAAGGACGGAAAGGAAGUGAGGAAGGAAGGAAGGAAAAGGGGAAGUGAGGAAGGAAGGAAAGAAGUGAGGAAGGAAGGAAGGACGUGAGGAAGGAAGGAAGGAAAGAAGAGAAAAGGAAGGGAGGAAGGACAGAAAGAAGGAAGGAAGGAGAGAAGGAAGGAAAGAAGGAAGGAAGGAAGGAAUGGAAGGAAAGAAGCGAGGAAGGAAGGAAGGAAGGAAGGAAACUAGGAGAAAAGGAAGGAAGGAAGGGUGGAAGAAAGGAAAUAUUUCCUGACUGAUUUGUGUUCCGGGUGCAAUACCGUUUUUGGCCACACUCACUGACUGACACGUAGCAGCCAUUGCAGCCCAGAGGGGCGCUGUUUCACCGCUCUGAGGAGGAGGUCUGGUUCCUCCUCAGUUUCCCAGAGUUCUUAGCUUCUGUCCUGCAGCUUCGGUGCUUCAUCAGCCUCUAGAACCUCAGAGAUGAUCUGCCGUUCUCCAGAUGUUCUCCAGAUGUUCUCCACUUCCUGUUCCUGCUGAGAGCGGAUCCAUCCCUCAGACUGACCUCCAGUGGUUUUAUUCUGUCAGGAAGUUGAGGGUUUAAGGGUUGGUUUGUUGUUUUUGAGUCCUAAAGGUAAAAUCAAAGGAAAUUAUUUCACAGAUUCACAGUAAAUAACACUGAAAACCAGAUGGAACCAGAUGGAACCAUCCCAGUGUUUUCAUUCGUAGAAUCUAUUUUUUCCUUUAAGGUUUUCUAAAGUUUCCUGUCGAGUUGAGCCAGAGGAGCUGAUUGGCUGUCAGGAUUCAAACCUCUGCAGAGUUUCUGUAAAUCACAGGAAGUUCAGAGGAAGUUUUACAGGAAGCUACGGAGCUGCAGAGGAAACAGAAAAGUAGAAAAGGAGGAAACAGGAAGUUUGGUCCCGCCGCUGAUUAGCGACUGUAGAAGAAGAAGCUGUUAGAGCUGCUGGAGGUUCCACUGAGUUUCUCCCGAAGAACCAGUUUGUAAAUAAAGUUAUUUAUAACGGAA